GAUGACUUGAAGUUUCAUUUUCAGGUUUUUCAAGGCAGCGCACAGCAGCAUUGCUGUAGUCGACAAAAAGACCCGCUACUUGUCUACAUCCUUCGACAUCAAAGCGUUAAAAACUGACGAAGAUGAGCCUCUUGAACAACGAGAUGCUGUUGGGGGAUUCAUUAUCCCCCUUCAGCCAGCCGUGUUCGGUGGCUGAGGAGAGUCUGGGACUCCUCGAUGACUACCUGGAGGUGGCCGAGCCCCUCGGUUCGCAUGGGUUCUCCAGCGACAAGGCUAAGGCAGUCUCCUCCAAUUGGCUUGCUGUGGACAGUUUAGGCAACACCAUAGAUAGCAGCCAGGAGGAUGCCUUCUCUGGCAUGGAGUGGAUGGUGGAGAAGAUGGAUCUGAAGGAAUUUGAUUUUGAUGCCCUGUUAGGUAUGGAACAUCUGGAAGCCACCGUCUCACCAGACGAGCUAAUGGCCACGUUGGAAGACACGUGUGAUCUCCUAUUUAACCCUGCCAUCCAGGAAUUCCACAACAAAGAACCUCCACUGAUAACUGACCUAAUCACCCAUCUCCCCGAAUCUUCAAUUGGAGCAGAUCCCAUGGCCCCAUUAGCUUCCCUUUGGUCUUUCCCCCUCUCCCCAGGGUCUCUGACUUCCACUCCAGAUCAUUCAUUUAGUUUAGAACUAGGCAGUGAAGUAGAUGUUCUGGAAGGAGAAAGAAAACAGGAGGGCCCCACCUUUGUGGUAGUGAUCACCAAGUCUGAGAAGGAGGAGGAGAACCAUUCUGAUGAUAGUGGAAUAUGCAUGAGCCCAGACUCCUACCUGGGAACCCCCCAGCAUAGUCCAACCAACUCGGUUGGAUCCCCCAAUCACCAGUUUCCUGCAGAUGCCAGCUGUGGCGCUGUGCGGUCCAAGCCGUAUGAUCACCCUGCAGAGAAGGUAGUGUCAGCAAAGAUAAAAGGAGAAAAGAAAAUAGAUAAGAAACUGAAAAAGAUGGAGCAGAAUAAGACUGCUGCCACACGUUACCGGCAGAAGAAGAGGGCGGAACAGGAAGCACUGUCUGGGGAGUGCAGAGAGUUGGAGCAGAAGAAUCAGGCCCUGAAGGAGAAAGCAGAUUCUCUUAGUAAGGAAAUCCAGUAUUUAAAAGAUCUAAUUGAGGAGGUCCGCAAGGCCAAGGGCAAAAGAGCUAGAGUCCCUGAGUAGGGUAGUCAGCAGUUUCUAUGUGCAUGUAUAUAAGCUUCCUGCUAAAGCUGUGUAUGGCUGUCUAAUAAAUUAUUUUAUAGUAAACUU